AUGGGGAGGCCUAUGCCCAGCAGUGGGAGGACAAAGUCUGUGGGUGAUAAUUAUAACAAAGUAACUAUCGUGAAAACGAUUCAUGAUGACAUGUCAUGAUACAAUCGUUUACUCACGACUUAUUAUUGGGAGUGCCCGAUUAGUUUCGGAUCCAAUCGGAGUCCUUAAUCAUGAGCUUUUGCUCAGCUUAGCGUUGCUCAUUUUAGUACAUAAUACUGAUGAUCUAGAUUCAAUAGUUCUAAUUUUUUUUUCUUUUAAUUUUGCCUUAUUCAUAUCUAGUUUUAAAUUUACAGGAUUCCUUGGCAAUGGCGUUGUCGAAUCUAAAGGCAACGCUGGUCUGAUUCUAAAGAAUCUCGCCAAAGGAGUGAAAAUCCAGAGCUACGAUGACAUUCAAUACGUCUUCAAUGGAUGUGGCGCCAGUGCUGGUGUGCUCGUCGACUUUUGGGUCCCUGGUCUGGGAUCUCUUCUGUCGUCGAUGAUACUGGCUUCAACCAGAAUUUGUACUUGCGUCCUUGGAGAACUUCCUCAGAAACAUGCUCUUGGUCACCUGCUAAGGAGCACCCAUAGGAAACCUUUACUCCAUGCUAAGGUGUGUUCAGACCGGAGCUAUGGCUCUGAGUGGGGCUGGUCUCCAUACGGAGCUGACUAUGAUGACGUGGCUCAAGUUAUUGCUUUCUACAAGUUGGAAGCCGCUUCUGAUCUGGUCCAUCAACUCCUCAGCGUCCACGCUAAAGUGAGGAUCAAUGAUUUGGAUGGUUCAGUGCACGCAAUUGCUCAAGACAUUCUUGAAAUAGCUCUUCUUUUCAAACGACCAGUUGGAGAAUGGGCUAAAACUGAUAUUAACAUUGUAUAUCUUAAAUUGGCAUACAUAUUGGAGAAUAUCGGAAACUUGUAUCACAGGAAACGAUACAUUUUUGAUGAAAUCCUUCAAAUCAGCACCUACAGGGGAUACGGAAAAGUCUACGGUUUAGACCUGGUUCACUACAGAAGCAAGGUCAAGAGGACAGUCGUCGUACACACAACAACAGAAACCAAAUGGUACUUCGGACUUAGUACCAUCACAGAUGAAGAAUUCAACUUCGGAGUAGAUGGUGAUGAUGAUAAUGAUGAUGAAUUCACUGACAUUACUGGCUUAGCUCGAGACACCAGUGGUUGGAAUGCAGACCUAUCAAAUACUAAAGCAGACAAAAUCAAAUCGAUAAUCGGUGGUGUUAAACCAGAUACAGAUUCUGAUGAUAAUCUUAAUGGCAUCGGAAAUCCUAAUAAAAAGAUUCACGGAAUCAAUGACAGUGGUGUUGAUGUUUUACUAAGAAAAGUCAAAAAGAAUAAGAAGACUAAAAAAUCCAAACGAGAUGGUAAACUAGGAGACCUUAGCGACAAAGAUAUAGAUGCAGGUGAUGAUGAUGGUCCUUCAACAAUAUUAGACAAACGUACAGUAACAAAUACUAAAGAAGGAACAAACAUUAUUGAUGAAAAAUUAAAAAAGAUUCAUAAUAAAACUAAGAAGAAUAAGAAAGGCAAGAAACCUAAUGCAAAACCCGGUCAUGGAAUAGGAGAUCUGAGUGAUAAAGAUAUUGAUAUCGAUAAUGGUGGGCUAACCAAUCCAAUUGAAAGACUUAAUGGGGACGAGGGUAAUCCAGUGAAUGGUGUGGUAGCACCAAAACCAAAUAUUCCUGUUGUAAAUGACGAUGACGAUGAUGAAAAUCAAACCAAACCUAUUAAACCAAAGAUAGGUAUUGUAACUCAGGGUGAGCCGAACGACAGUAUUCCUGAAUUGGGUAAAACUAUACCCCGACCCCUAUCUCCUGGAAAUGAUCUAGUAAAACCAGAACCCGAAAUCCCAGGUACUGGAAACAAUGAUGACGAACCAAACAAAGGCAAACCCCAAAUCGAUCUGAAAAAGCCAUCAGCUCCCGGUAAAAAGAAAAAGCCAAAAUCUAAAAAACCGAAAUCACCCAAAAAGGGAAUAGACACCGAGACCAGUAAAGUUGAAAAAUCCAAGAAGACUUCGACCACUGAAACAACAACUCGGACUGAGAAAGAAUCAUCAUUCUCAAAGGAAACGAAAACUACUGACAUAACUGGCAAACAACCUAACCAAGAUGGACAAAAUGAACCUAACCAACCACGUAGCCCCCACGAUCAAAGUCCCAACCCCAACAGUGGUGACCAGAAACCUGAGGGCAAUGUACCAAGUCAGCCAGGAAACGAAAACGCACCUAAAGGAAAGGACAAAUCUGGAUCACCUGCAAAGGAUCAACCUGAAAAGCCGAAAAACGGGCCUUUAGAUGGAGACAACGAUGAUGAUAAUGAUAAGCAGAAUCCUGAAAAAGAUAGUCCUAAUUCAGGCAACCAGCAAUCAGACGGUCAGGUGCCAAGUGCCCAGGGUGACCAACCUGGUUCGCCCGAAAAGGAUCAACCCGGAAACAAAGGUCAGAAACCAUCAGGUGAUGACAACGAUGAUGAUGACGAUGAUGAUGAAGACGAUGUUGAACAGAAUCUUAGCAAAGGUAGUCCCGAAUCCAAGCCAAGCAACAAGCAACCUGACGGAAAAGUGCCAAGUGCCAAGGGUGACAAACCCAAGAAGGUUGGAGACAAACCCGGUUCGCCUGACAAGAAAAGACCCGGAAACAAAGUACAGAAACCAUCAGGUGAUGACAACGAUGAUGAUGACGAUGAUGAUGAAGACGAUGAUGAACAGAAUCUUAACAAGGGUAGUCCUGAAUCCAAGCCAGGCAACAAGCAACCUGACGGAAAAGUGCCAAGUGCCAAGGGUGACAAACCCAAGAAGGUUGGAGACAAACCCGGUUCGUCUGACAAGAAAAAACCCGGAAAGAAAGGCAACCAACCAUCAGAUGAUGACAACGAUGAUGAUGAAAACGAUGAUGAGCUGAAUCCUAGCAAGGGUAGUCCCAAGUCCAAGCCAGGCAACAAGCAACCCGAAGGUGAAGUGCCAAGUGCCAAGGGUGACAAACCCAAGAAGGUAGGAGACAAACCUGGUUCGCCCGACAAGAAACAACCCGGAAACAAAGGACAGACACCAUCAGGUGAUGACAACGAUAAUGAUGACGAUGAUGAUGAAGACGAUGAUGAGGAGCAGAAUCCUAGCAAAGGUAGUCCCAAAUCCAAGCCAGGCAACAAGCAACCUGACGGAAAAGUGCCAAGUGCCAAGGGUGACAAACCCAAGAAGGUUGGAGACAAACCCGGUUCGUCUGACAAGAAAAAACCCGGAAAGAAAGGACAGAAACCAUCAGAUGAUGACAAUGAUGAUGAUGACGAUGAUGAUGAAAACGAUGAUGAGCUGAAUCCUAGCAAGGGUAGUCCCAAAUCCAAGCCAGGCAACAAGCAACCUGACGGAAAAGUGCCAAGUGCCAAGGGUGACAAACCCAAGAAGGUUGUAGACAAACCCGGUUCGUCUGACAAGAAAAAACCCGGAAAGAAAGGCAACCAACCAUCAGAUGAUGACAACGAUGAUGAUGAAAACGAUGAUGAGCUGAAUCCUAGCAAGGGUAGUCCCAAGUCCAAGCCAGGCAACAAGCAACCCGAAGGUGAAGUGCCAAGUGCCAAGGGUGACAAACCCAAGAAGCUAGGAGACAAACCUAGUUCGCCCGACAAGAAACAACUCGGAAACAAAGGACAGAAACCAUCAGGUGAUGACAACGAUGAUGAUGAAGACGAUGAUGAAAACGAUGAUGAGCUGAAUCCUAGCAAGGGUAGUCCCAAGUCCAAGCCAGGCAACAAGCAACCCAAAGGUGAAGUGCCAAGUGCCAAGGGUGACAAACCCAAGAAGGUAGGAGACAAACCUAGUUCGCCCGACAAGAAACAACCCGGAAACAAAGGACAGAAACCAUCAGGUGAUGACAACGAUGAUGAUGACGAUGAUGAUGAAGAUGAUGAUGAGGAGCAGAAUCCUAGCAAAGGAAGUCCCAAAUCCAAGCCAGGCAACAAGCAACCUGACGGAAAAGUGCCAAGUGCCAAGGGAGACAAACCCAAGAAGCUAGGAGGCAAACCCGGUUCGUCUGACAAGAAAAAACCCGGAAAGAAAGGCAACCAACCAUCAGAUGAUGACAACGAUGAUGAUGAAAACGAUGAUGAGCUGAAUCCUAGCAAGGGUAGUCCCAAGUCCAAGCCAGGCAACAAGCAACCCGAAGGUGAAGUGCCAAGUGCCAAGGGUGACAAACCCAAGAAGGUAGGAGACAAACCUGGUUCGCCCGACAAGAAACAACCCGGAAACAAAGGACAGACACCAUCAGGUGAUGACAACGAUGAUGAUGACGAUGAUGAUGAAGACGAUGAUGAGGCGCAGAAUCCUAGCAAAGGUAGUCCCAAAUCCAAGCCAGGCAACAAGCAACCUGACGGAAAAGUGCCAAGUGCCAAGGGUGACAAACCCAAGAAGCUAGGAGACAAACCCGGUUCGUCUGACAAGAAAAAACCCGGAAAGAAAGGCAACCAACCAUCAGAUGAUGACAACGAUGAUGAUGAAAACGAUGAUGAGCUGAAUCCUAGCAAGGGUAGUCCCAAGUCCAAGCCAGGCAACAAGCAACCCGAAGGUGAAGUGCCAAGUGCCAAGGGUGACAAACCCAAGAAGCUAGGAGACAAACCUGGUUCGCCCGACAAGAAACAACCCGGAAACAAAGGACAGAAACCAUCAGGUGAUGACAACGAUGAUGAUGACGAUGAUGAUGAAGAUGAUGAUGAGGAGCAGAAUCCUAGCAAAGGUAGUCCCAAAUCCAAGCCAGGCAACAAGCAACCUGACGGAAAAGUGCCAAGUGCCAAGGGUGACAAACCCAAGAAGCUAGGAGACAAACCCGGUUCGUCUGACAAGAAAAAACCCGGAAAGAAAGGCAACCAACCAUCAGAUGAUGACAACGAUGAUGAUGAAAACGAUGAUGAGCUGAAUCCUAGCAAGGGUAGUCCCAAGUCCAAGCCAGGCAACAAGCAACCCGAAGGUGAAGUGCCAAGUGCCAAGGGUGACAAACCCAAGAAGGUAGGAGACAAACCUGGUUCGCCCGACAAGAAACAACCCGGAAACAAAGGACAGACACCAUCAGGUGAUGACAACGAUGAUGAUGACGAUGAUGAUGAAGACGAUGAUGAGGCGCAGAAUCCUAGCAAAGGUAGUCCCAAAUCCAAGCCAGGCAACAAGCAACCUGACGGAAAAGUGCCAAGUGCCAAGGGUGACAAACCCAAGAAGCUAGGAGACAAACCCGGUUCGUCUGACAAGAAAAAACCCGGAAAGAAAGGCAACCAACCAUCAGAUGAUGACAACGAUGAUGAUGAAAACGAUGAUGAGCUGAAUCCUAGCAAGGGUAGUCCCAAGUCCAAGCCAGGCAACAAGCAACCCGAAGGUGAAGUGCCAAGUGCCAAGGGUGACAAACCCAAGAAGCUAGGAGACAAACCUGGUUCGCCCGACAAGAAACAACCCGGAAACAAAGGACAGAAACCAUCAGGUGAUGACAACGAUGAUGAUGACGAUGAUGAUGAAGAUGAUGAUGAGGAGCAGAAUCCUAGCAAAGGUAGUCCCAAAUCCAAGCCAGGCAACAAGCAACCUGACGGAAAAGUGCCAAGUGCCAAGGGUGACAAACCCAAGAGGGUUGGAGACAAACCCGGUUCGUCUGACAAGAAAAAACCCGGAAAGAAAGGCAACCAACCAUCAGAUGAUGACAACGAUGAUGAUGAAAACGAUGAUGAGCUGAAUCCUAGCAAGGGUAGUCCCAAGUCCAAGCCAGGCAACAAGCAACCCGAAGGUGAAGUGCCAAGUGCCAAGGGUGACAAACCCAAGAAGCUAGGAGACAAACCUGGUUCGCCCGACAAGAAACAACCCGGAAACAAAGGACAGAAACCAUCAGAUGAUGACAAUGAUGAUGAUGACGAUGAUGAUGAAAACGAUGAUGAGCUGAAUCCUAGCAAGGGUAGUCCCAAAUCCAAGCCAGGCAACAAGCAACCUGACGGAAAAGUGCCAAGUGCCAAGGGUGACAAACCCAAGAAGGUUGUAGACAAACCCGGUUCGUCUGACAAGAAAAAACCCGGAAAGAAAGGCAACCAACCAUCAGAUGAUGACAACGAUGAUGAUGAAAACGAUGAUGAGCUGAAUCCUAGCAAGGGUAGUCCCAAGUCCAAGCUAGGCAACAAGCAACCCGAAGGUGAAGUGCCAAGUGCCAAGGGUGACAAACCCAAGAAGCUAGGAGACAAACCUGGUUCGCCCGACAAGAAACAACCCGGAAACAAAGGACAGAAACCAUCAGGUGAUGACAACGAUGAUGAUGAAGACGAUGAUGAAGAUGAUGAUGAGGAGCAGAAUCCUAGCAAAGGUAGUCCCAAAUCCAAGCCAGGCAACAAGCAACCUGACGGAAAAGUGCCAAGUGCCAAGGGUGACAAACCCAAGAGGGUUGGAGACAAACCCGGUUCGUCUGACAAGAAAAAACCCGGAAAGAAAGGCAACCAACCAUCAGAUGAUGACAACGAUGAUGAUGAAAACGAUGAUGAGCUGAAUCCUAGCAAGGGUAGUCCCAAGUCCAAGCCAGGCAACAAGCAACCUGACGGAAAAGUGCCAAGUGCCAAGGGAGACAAACCCAAGAAGCUAGGAGGCAAACCCGGUUCGUCUGACAAGAAAAAACCCGGAAAGAAAGGCAACCAACCAUCAGAUGAUGACAACGAUGAUGAUGAAAACGAUGAUGAGCUGAAUCCUAGCAAGGGUAGUCCCAAGUCCAAGCCAGGCAACAAGCAACCCGAAGGUGAAGUGCCAAGUGCCAAGGGUGACAAACCCAAGAAGGUAGGAGACAAACCUGGUUCGCCCGACAAGAAACAACCCGGAAACAAGGGACAGACACCAUCAGGUGAUGACAACGAUGAUGAUGAAGACGAUGAUGAGGCGCAGAAUCCUAGCAAAGGUAGUCCCAAAUCCAAGCCAGGCAACAAGCAACCUGACGGAAAAGUGCCAAGUGCCAAGGGUGACAAACCCAAGAAGCUAGGAGACAAACCCGGUUCGUCUGACAAGAAAAAACCCGGAAAGAAAGGCAACCAACCAUCAGAUGAUGACAACGAUGAUGAUGAAAACGAUGAUGAGCUGAAUCCUAGCAAGGGUAGUCCCAAGUCCAAGCCAGGCAACAAGCAACCUGACGGAAAAGUGCCAAGUGCCAAGGGAGACAAACCCAAGAAGCUAGGAGGCAAACCCGGUUCGUCUGACAAGAAAAAACCCGGAAAGAAAGGCAACCAACCAUCAGAUGAUGACAACGAUGAUGAUGAAAACGAUGAUGAGCUGAAUCCUAGCAAGGGUAGUCCCAAGUCCAAGCCAGGCAACAAGCAACCCGAAGGUGAAGUGCCAAGUGCCAAGGGUGACAAACCCAAGAAGGUAGGAGACAAACCUGGUUCGCCCGACAAGAAACAACCCGGAAACAAGGGACAGACACCAUCAGGUGAUGACAACGAUGAUGAUGACGAUGAUGAUGAAGACGAUGAUGAGGCGCAGAAUCCUAGCAAAGGUAGUCCCAAAUCCAAGCCAGGCAACAAGCAACCUGACGGAAAAGUGCCAAGUGCCAAGGGUGACAAACCCAAGAAGCUAGGAGACAAACCCGGUUCGUCUGACAAGAAAAAACCCGGAAAGAAAGGCAACCAACCAUCAGAUGAUGACAACGAUGAUGAUGAAAACGAUGAUGAGCUGAAUCCUAGCAAGGGUAGUCCCAAGUCCAAGCCAGGCAACAAGCAACCCGAAGGUGAAGUGCCAAGUGCCAAGGGUGACAAACCCAAGAAGGUAGGAGACAAACCUGGUUCGCCCGACAAGAAACAACCCGGAAACAAAGGACAGAAACCAUCAGGUGAUGACAACGAUGAUGAUGACGAUGAUGAUGAAGAUGAUGAUGAGGAGCAGAAUCCUAGCAAAGGUAGUCCCAAAUCCAAGCCAGGCAACAAGCAACCUGACGGAAAAGUGCCAAGUGCCAAGGGUGACAAACCCAAGAGGAUUGGAGACAAACCCGGUUCGUCUGACAAGAAAAAACCCGGAAAGAAAGGCAACCAACCAUCAGAUGAUGACAACGAUGAUGAUGAAAACGAUGAUGAGCUGAAUCCUAGCAAGGGUAGUCCCAAGUCCAAGCCAGGCAACAAGCAACCCGAAGGUGAAGUGCCAAGUGCCAAGGGUGACAAACCCAAGAAGGUAGGAGACAAACCUGGUUCGCCCGACAAGAAACAACCCGGAAACAAGGGACAGACACCAUCAGGUGAUGACAACGAUGAUGAUGACGAUGAUGAUGAAGGCGAUGAUGAUAAGCAGAAUCCUAGCAAGGGUAGUCCCAAAUCCAAGCUAGGCAACAAGCAAUUUGACGGAAAAGUGCCAAGUGCCAAGGGUGACAAACCCAAGAAGGUAGGAGACAAAACUGGUUCACCCGAAAAGAAUCAACCCAGAAACCCGACCGAAAAUGAAGACGACAAUAAUGGACAUCCAAAACCUGGAAAGCCAAGUACAGGAACUGAUGAUGAUGAAAGCAAUGACAGUGAAAAUAAAGAAGACAAACCUCAGGGUAAACCUGUGAAUCCUGAUAAGAAGGGUAAGAAGCCCAAAACUUCCAAGGGAAGACGAGGACGUGAUAUCAUUUCAAAAAUUAAGAAUGUCGACAAAUCCAAAAAGACCUCAAGCAGCGUUACAAAAUCUUCAUCGGACUCCGAAAACAAAUCGGAAUUCCAGGAAACGAUUAUUUAUAAAGUGAAAGGUAGCCCUAGAGGAAAGAAAACCCAUUCUAAGAAACCAAAUAUCAAGGGUAUUGAUGAUGAAGAGGAUGAAACCAGUACCAAACACGAAACACCAGAAAAUAAUGUCGCUCACAUAAUAAAGAAGGGAGGGUCAAAAACUGAAAGUGAAACUCAUGGAGAGACAGUCAAAAAUGAAAAAUCUGGCUCAACUGAAACGACUAUCAUUAAAAAGACAACUAUAGAAAAUGGUCAGCAAGUAAACGGUAAAGAAGGAGCUGUAGAAACUAUUGUAUUAAAAGGUAAAAAAGUAAAGAAACCAAAGAGCAAACACGGAAAAGACUUGGGAAUUGAUAACGUUGACGAUAAAAAAACUAAAAUUAGCAAAGAUAUUGAAUCUACUGACGACGUCGAAUAUAUCAAAAAGCAAAAUGAAAAAACCGGCUCUUUGACUAUCAUUAAAAAACAAGGCCAGAUCGACGAGGAUUCAAAAGGCAAGAAAACAGUUAUUACCACAAUUACCAAAGAUGGUAAGACUCAAAAGAUCAUCACCGGCAAAGAAGGAUCUUUUGAAAGAACAAAAGGAAAGGUGGUAGAUGAAAUAAAAGAAAAUGACAGCAACGAAGCAAGAGAGGAAGAAAGAUCAAAUGAUGAAAUUGAUGAAGAUGUAACAUACAAAAAGAUAUUUAAUAACAACAAAGGAAUUAAAUACCAAACUAGGAAAGGAAAAAUCAUCAAAGUGUCAAAAGUGUCUGAUAACGAGUCUGACCUUAAUGUUUCAGACAAAGGAUCAGAAAUUUACAGUCAAGAAGGUGAAGGGUCAGACGAAACCGAAUUUACAAAGGGAAAAUCCGGUAAACUCAUAGCGGGAAAGAAAACCGAGGUAAUUUCCGAAAAAAGUGGCUUAGCCGCGAAAAAGAGGAAGAUUUCAAGAAUUUCCGAAACGGAAUUUUCAGACCGUAAAUCUAGGAGAUAUAGGAGGCGUUCAGAAAGAUGCGGUUGA